GGCUACAAGGUUACACUAAUGUACAUCUAUACAAAGUACCAUGUGGCUGCUACAAAUGUAGUUACAUAAUAUGCCUCGCUAGUCAAUGGCUCACAUCUCCCCGGCGUAAAUCCAUCCUUCAAAUAGUGUUCCAUAGUUGUUUGGCUGGCACACGUCCAGCAGAGGUUGUUGUGGCGGGAAAUCGUUGACUAGCGAGGCAUUAUGUAACUUCAUUGAAGUGGAACAAAGAAUCUACAUGCAGGAAUUUCCCAUAGCUUUCCGUCGUUGCGCAAUGAAUACUACUGGAUUGGAUGCUAUAUAUGCGCCUGGGAGUGUGCCCCAAGUAAGUACGCCACGUACGCUAAGUACGCUGCCUUGACUACUUAUCUUCGAUCAUCCUAUAGAGGAAUGUUUUAUUCCUCCAUGCGCGUCUCAACGGUGACGGUAUCCGACGGAACGUCGCAACACUGAGUGAGUUAUCCCUUCAUCAAGCCUAGUCAAGAAUUUCCACAAUGCAGUCAACACUUGAUGAGGUCACACUGAGGUACGUGGCCUCACAUCUGGGCAAGGAAUGGAAGGCUUUGGCAACUUAUUUGGGAGUCAGGAAUGAUGAGGUUGACCGGAUUCAAGCAAGUCACCGAGGUACAGAGGAGCAGAUAUUCCAGAUGCUGAUGACAUGGUGCCAGCGGUGGGAUACGCCUAGUAACCACGGGGGAAAAUUGAGUUUCUUGCGAGAUUGCCUGAUCAAGAGUAAAAGAUCGGAUCUAGCAGAAUCCUUAUUGGAUUCAACGGAUCAUCUGAUGGAUUGGAACUUUAACCGCUGCUGUGAGGAAUUUAUCGAGUACUACAGAAACACGAUGGGGGUGGUUGCUUUGCUUCCAUGGGUUCCAUCAGAAGUGAGCAAGGUCAGCUACAUCGGCGUUAAACUUCAAUUCACCGAGCAAGCGAAAAAAGCCGGAAGGUUGGUGAAGUUUCGUAACAUUGACUCGUACGAGGACUUGCUGCGCCUAGAAUAUCAUGACAGCCAACCAGUCAGAUUUAUCCUCCUUUCUGGCAUUGCCGGUAGUGGUAAGACAACUGUCGUGUCAACGAUCGCCACCGACUGGGCAAGUAAGAAACGAGGAUCACCACUCUCAAAUUUCAGUCUUUUGAUUGCCCUGAGUGUGCGUGAACUAAAGCGUGCCGCUGACCUUGGUGAGGCAAUAUUCGACCAGAUCCUGGCAAAAGAUACCACGGUGAGUCUUAAAUCUCUGAUAAAUCGCAUACAGUCCCACGCUGAAGAAGUCCUUGUCGUGUUGGACGGUGCGGAUGAGUUUGAUGAGGACGGAUCGCAGCUGCCCUCGGAAGGUGAUAUCAUUGGCAUAAUCAGUAACAAAAUUCUCCGUGGCUGUACCGUCAUUGUAACCACACGUCCCCACACGGUGGAUAAGUUGUGCGAGCUGAACCCAUCUUUUAUUCGUGUCGAGAUCAGUGGCUUCUCAGACAGUGGUGUAAAAGAGUACAUUCAGAAUUUCUUCAAGGGUUACGACCCAAAGGUUUCUGCCGCGCUCGAUCAUCAGUUGAUCGAAUCAGAGGGUCUGUACAGUCUGGCAAAAAUACCAAUGAUGUUGCUCCUCAUUUGUCUGAUUUGGUCGGAGGAGAAUGAGCUCCCCGAGACAUUGACAGAGCUUUUUAAAGAAGCGGCUCUUUUCAUGUUGAAACGGUAUUCUCAAAGAACCGGCAACCACAGCCAGGAAGAGCAAUUUCUUGAAAGUGAGUGGAUGGAGUUUGUACAGGCAUUAGGCAAGACAGCGCUUGAUGGCGUCCUGCUUCCUGGUCAGAAAUUGGUGUUGAAACCCUCGGAUUUUGAAAAUUCCCAGAUGGUAGACAAAGCAUGUAGUGUUGGAAUUCUAUCAAAGGAAAAAGUGCGAAGUAAGUUAAGUUCGGUGCAACAUGUUACUUUCUUUCAUAAAACCUUCCAGGAGGCAAUUGCUGGAUUUUACUGGGCAAGUCUGGUUGAAACUGACGGAGACUCUUUCAACCGUUAUCGCAAACAAAUAAGUGAAGAAAACUCAUUUAAUCUUGAGUACGUAUUGCGAUUCUGUUGUGGAGCAAACGUAAAAGCAGCAAAGUCUCUUUUGACCCAUGUAACUGACUGUUUCAGCACAAAAUGUUCAGAACCAGCGAUGACGACAGAACUGAAGAAUGUACCAAACCGCAUAAUCUUGAAACCUGUCUCAUCCGAGGAAAUAAGAGGGAAGAAGAUGCAGCGUUUGUGGCUAAUGAUGCAUUUUGAGGCACAUUCUCGGGAUCUACACAGCAUAGACAAACCAAUGGAUAGACACAAACUUAAAUUCGACUUUGAUUGUACAGAGGAGGAGAGAAAUGCAUUUGGAUUUUUGGUGGACUGUGCCUCUUCCGUCUGUGAAUCGUUCCUGAACGAAAUACACCAAGUGUCCAUGAGCAGCAUCAAUGAAAAAAGUGCACCUGUUGUUGCGACGAUCUUGAAGCAAGGCAUGGUGAAUAUCAGAGAUAUUAACCUGCAGUUCGGUGAAAGUGAAUGUGAGGAAGCAGGCUGUCACUGGCAGAUGGACCUUGGCUAUGCUCUCUCGAAGAUUCAACUUCGAAACCUUUCCCUCUCUGGGCAUUCACUGCUCCAGAAACAAGACAUUUCUGCUAUCUUUGGAACACUGAACUCUUCUGCUGUCUCUUACUCACUUGAGACCUUGACUCUAUCUUCAGUUGCCUUCAAUCCAAGAUAUCUUAAGGAAUUCCUUGAAAAGCAAAGUAUGCAACAACCUGCCCUUCCUCAUUCUCAGACUUACACAUGUACCAACACAUGUGACCGGGACGAGGACUUAGAGGAGGCUUCGAAAGGCCUUCCAACGGGUUCUCUGAAAGUGCUCGACGUCAGGCACUGCCAAUCAGAUUCAUCUGCAUUUUGCCUUAAACGACCAUUUCCGAAUCUCCAAGUCUUAAGGCUGAUCGAUGAUGGUCUCCAAGAAGAAGACAUGUGGCAUAUUAAUAGUCUUCUCUCUCGAAGUCCAAUGCUCCUAGAGGUUGAUUUCUCAAGGAAUAACAUCGGUCAUGGUUUUAUGCGUCUUACUGAGCAGCUGUCACAUCUUGGUCAACUUCAAGUACUUAAACUUACCGACACAGGCCUAAAUUCAGAUCAGUUUGUCCACCUUGCCAGACAACUUCGCGUGGCCAAUCUUAGGGUCUUGUCCCUGAGUUGUUAUAAAUACUCACCAAAGACAAUAACUGCAGAAGCCCUGCUGGCAAUUUUGCAAUGGUCGUGCAUGUGCUCGUCCCUGAAGGAACUUGACGUUAAGCAGUGUGUACGAGAAUUCCCCGACGUAGAGGUCUCAGCCGAUCCUCGGACAGCACAACCCAUUGAGGAAAUACUUCAGAGCUCAAUGGAGAAUUUGGAUUUGAGCAGUAACCGCCUUGGGAAGUAUGCACCACAGAUCAUUAAGCUUUUUAGCUAUAUGCCCUCUUUGAAGAAUCUCGAUAUGAGUGGCAUAGGUCUCACCUAUCCCGAUGCAGUUCUUCUCGUUGAGGUUUUGCCAUCCUGUCAACGGAUGCAAGAGUUACAUGUAGGAGACAACAACAAGAUGGGAAACAGCGGUCUGGAAGCACUGCUGAAGGUGACCCCGAAGCUACCAGACUUGAAUUAUCUGUCACUGCCGGACAAGGAUGGAGAACCUCCUGAGAUGGUCCGAGAAUGUCUCCGUCACGGUCAUCGGUACAGCAUCAUCAGAUAUUUUUACCAGUUUAAUCGGCCACAAAUUGCUGCUGUAGUUGAAGUGAUUAAACGAUUUGAGCAAGAAGGGCAGAAAGAUUUGAGAUAGAAGUGUGAAAAAAGUUUGGGUUGAGCAUGGUGUUACAAAGUACACCAGGUGUAAUAAUUUCAUAAUCUAAACCAUGCCUAAUCUUUCUCUGAAAAACUGGAUGUUAGUUUUUUGUCCUGACAGUCUUUUGAAAUUGGAGAAGUAAACGCUCAUCUCAUGAUAUUGUUCCUAUAUAAGCUCUGUCGUUUAGACUGCUGUGAGAAGUCUUUUACGUCUGUGCAACUUGGUUGUAUAGUAAUUAUUUAAACUGGAGCAAAGCAAGACAAUUAAUGUUAUAAGUCUAAGCGUUCCAGGAGACCAUGAGUCUAUGUCCAUUUGUAUAUAAAGAAACAAUGAUGUUUACACACUUCAGACAAACUGGAGGAGAAACUAAAAUGAGGCAUCAGGUGAAGGAAAUUCCCCUGCUUCUCUGAAAUUGACUGUAAUGUGAAAUAUCGACGUUGGAUGCCUAGACAAAUUCAAAAGUUAGAUUUGCUGUAAUAUUGUACCAUAACGCAAUAUGGAUGCACGCAGCUUGUAUAAAAAGCGCAUUUGAUUUCUAUUUACAAAAAAAAUUGGCAGGCGCUUCUUUAAGUUCUUUUCAAGUCCCCCCACCAAAAAAAACUUGCCCGAUGAAAAUACAGGUUUUUCAUGUAUGCUCUCGAGCACUAUUCACGAACUGCAGGAGUAUGACCCUCAGUUUAUUCCGCUUAAUACUUGUCAAUAUCUCUUUAUACACUGCCAUAAACUAUACAAAAAACGAUAAAUUCUGUGAGACUGUCACAAUAUUUAAAGCAGCACACUAACAGUUUAUUUCUUUUUUACCAAUUACACUUACAUUUAUUUUAACAGAUUUAUAAAAGUACACUAAGCAGUUAAAGUAAUUGCCAAGAUUUCCACGAGUGAAGGUGGUUUAUGGGAAAGUUGUAAAAGUUUGAAGAAAAGAAACGUAAGCCCAUCGUUUAGGUCUGAAACAAUCUUGUCAUAUACCGUAGUUUUUGUAAAAAGGCCAAUUAGUUGUAGAGCUAUAUUUAACUCUGUGGUUAGAUCCUACAAAAAUUAGCAAGAGAGAACUAAAGAUUUAUUGGCCCAAGGGAGGGAGUCAUUUAUUGCCCUCAUUGGGUCUGGAGAAUUUUGGAUUUUUAUUUUACUAUCUGAAGAGUCCAUAAUGCAGGAGUUUAGUUUUACACCUCAAUGCAAGUAACAAUCAUCAUUUUCCAGGAGCUCGAUUACUAUGCUUGAUUGGACAAUACAUGUAUAGUGUUUUUAUUAUUGUCACAAACCAUUUUUGACCAGAUUCGGCAAUACAGAUAUUAAAUUCCUUUAGAUAUCAUGAACUUUUUCACAACUUUUUGAUAUGUUUAAUGUAUUAUUAAAUUAAAAAAAGGAUUUAAAAAAUGAAUAUUAUUCUUUUCAUUUUUUGCCUUACACAUUGUAUUAAUUUCAACCAGCUUGGUAAUUGUAACACGGUUGUCUUUUAUGAAACACUAAUCAUGCUCAAAAUCCGCGAUAAUUAUUGUAACGAAAAUUAAUUUACUUAAGGGAGCAGACCACUAAUUCAAGUGAGAAUUUCUGGCCAGACCAUUGGCAUUAAUUUGAAAGUGCCCCCACUGUAUCUUCUGGAAAGGAGAUUGUUUGGCCCCCAAAAUGGUGACAUUGUGUAAAUCGUUGCCACGAUCAACUCCCUGGGUCUUUGAGCUUUCAUAUGAGAGCAGAAUAGGUAAAACUACGGUUGAAAAAUGGUCCUUAGUGCCCGAGAAACUUUGAGGAUUGCCACUUGAAAAAUGGCUGCAAUCAGACUUCGGAAAAAUCCGAGGUUUAUUUUGUUUUGUGGGAAUAA